UCGAUCCUUCAUCUCCCUAUUACCUUGGGUCAGGUGAUCUGAUAGAUAUUAUAUUUAGGAUAAUAUUUGUCGCAGAUUAGGAUAUAUUAAAUGUAUCUUUUGUAUGUUUAUCGUAUCUAGGAUUCCUAACGUGAUUAGGCCUAGCAUUGUAAACUCUAUAUAUUUGAUCAAUGGUACACACUCCAGAUUGAGGAGUUUUCCCGAAAUCUAACAUGGUAUCACAGCUUAGGUUUUAGAUCUCAAUUUUAUUUUAUUUUUCCAAUUAUUGGAUUUUUUUUUGGUUUCUUGGGACUUUGCCUACAUCAACUUCCGCAUCUUUAUUUUAUUGUUCUCUGCUUUUUUGUUCUCUGUGAUUUCGGUUUCUUUGUUUUACCUUUUUGGUUUGUUCCCUGCCAUAUUGAGUUAUCAUGGCAAAGGAUGAUGACUCUACUCCUCCACCUCCCCCUACGUCAGAGUUUCACCCCGCUUUAGCAGUGAACAACAUCAAGAAUGCAAUACCCCUCGUUCUUGACUAUGAGAAAGUUCAAUACUCCAAUUGGGUGGAGUUAUUUGAGAAUCAUGCUUGUGCGUAUAAUGUGUUAGACCACAUAGACCCGACUGUUUCCCGGCCGACGGAUGUUUCGGCUGCCUUGUGGAAGCGAUUAGAUGCAAUUGUUAAACAGUGGAUAUACGGCACAAUCUCAACCGAUCUUCUCAACACGAUUUUGGCUCCAAAAUCAACUGCUCAGAACCUUUGGGAUCGCAUUAGAGAAAUUUUUCAAGAUAACAAAAACACUAGGGUCGUGUAUCUUGAAAAUCAGUUUAAUUUGCUUCACAUUAGCAAUUUCUCUAAUGUCACUGCUUAUUGUCAACAACUUAAGAGUAUCGCAGAUCAAUUAGCAAAUAUUGAUCAACCGGUUUCGGAGCAGAAGAUGGUAAUUCGACUUGUCUCCGGCCUCACAAACUCUGACUUUGACACCGUGGCAACGAUGAUUCAGCAAACCGACCCGUUACCCUCUUUCAAUUCUGCCAGGUCGAGGCUUCUUCUUGAGGAGUCCCGCCGCACUAAUGACCAGGGUCAAUCGGCACAAUCUUCUUUUGUCGCCCAGCAGGAGACCGCACCGUCCUCAGGCUACAACAACCAGCAGCAGCCGCCAUUUCAGGGUGUUCGUGGCUCCGGCGGCCGCGGACGUGGAGGCAGAACUGGUGCCAAAGGGGGUGGGGGAAAAGGUCGAGGAAAAGGGCGAGGGAAUUCCUCAAACAAAAUGCCCAGCAACAAUACCUCACAACAGCAGCCCGACCCAACUCAACAACAACAGUGGCCCAAUCCACCGUUUUGGCCAGGCUAUCAGGCCCAUCCAUGGCAGCCUCAACAAUGGCCUGGAUCUUGGGCCACCCCUCCAUGCCCAUAUCCAUCUAUCCCUGGCCCAAUUGGGCAACCCUUGCGGCAAUCAUCCCCUAGUGGGCCUUCACUCACUUCUGGCCCAUCUCAGCAAGCAUAUAUGGCUAGUCCAUCACCAUAUGGACGACUUUACACUCCCAUGGAGCUUGGUUCGGCCUAUUCAACCAUGACUUUGCCUAAUCCGGACAACGGAUGGUAUAUGGACUCGGGUGCUACAUCUCAUAUGACUCAUAACUCAGGACCUUCAAACGGGGAGGAUAGUAACGAGAUGCACUAGCGAGGGAGACCUAUAUCCAGUCACCACCACCACCAUCCCAUCAUCAUGUCUUGCCUCUACACUUAUGGUCACUACCCUAACCACUUGGCAUAGUCGCUUGGGUCACACUGGAGCUAGUUCUUUUAAUUUUCUAAGGAGCAAUAAUUUAAUUCAUUGUAAUAAGGAGUCAAUCUCCAAUUUUUGCAAUUCUUGUUAAUUAGGAAAGCAUGUUAGACAACCCUUUUAUGAUUCUACUAGUCAUACUACUUGUGCUUUUGAUAUUAUUCAUGCCGAUUUGUGGACUUCCCAAAUUCGCAGUAUUAAUGGUCAUAAAUAUUAUUUAGUUCUCA